AUGUCAGAUAAACGAGUUGCCCUAAAAACCAAGCAACUUUCUACUCAAAAAAAGAGACGAAAACGUACUGACCCUGGUGUAAAAACACCUAGUGUCAUGCCUAGUACACCUACAAGACCUGGAAUUACCACCCCAAUGUCACCAGUAGCUUCCCCAACGUCUCCUCCUCAUAAUUCCAAUAAAAUUUAUCCUCACCCAAUAUCUACCAACUCGCGUAACGAGGAGCGCUCCACUUCCCCAGCGAACUCGUCCUCCGCAGAGGAACCGGAAAGAAUCAUGGCGGAGGACGAAGAGGAUCUUGAGGAUUAUUGUAAAGGAGGUUAUCAUCCUGUUAGGAUAAAUGAUGUUUUCAACGAAGGUAGAUACACCGUUGUACGAAAGCUAGGUUGGGAAACUGCUUUGGAUGAAAUUAAAUUGCUGCAGAAAAUUGUAAGCGCGAAUCCGGAUGCACCUGGGCGUAACCAUGUUGUAGAGCUCUUGGAUCAUUUUCACCAUAGUGGUCCGAAUGGUACUCACGUGUGCAUGGUGUUCGAAGUAUUAGGGGAAAAUUUAUUGAGCCUGAUAAAGCGUUACAACCAUCGAGGUGUUCCCGCUCACCUGGUAAAACAGAUAACCAAACAAGUACUCAUGGGGUUGGAUUACAUGCAUAGAGAAUGUGGCAUAAUUCAUACGGAUUUAAAACCGGAGAACGUGUUGGUUUGCAUUGAAAAUGUGGAGGAGGUCGUGAGAAAUGAACUUUUGAGUGGUACAAAACCAAUAGCUCUUUCUUCUACUAAAAGAGGUCAUCACCUACGCAUCACCGGUAGUCAACCUUUGUCAUCGCCGUCAUCUGUAUCACCUACAAUAGCUCAAAGGUCGACGACGCAAGAUCAGUCAUCGUCGUCGUCAACACAAGUUAAUGGUGCUGGAAAUGAUAAUGACGAGGUGGAGGGGGUAGAUAGAAAUGAUGAGGUUAUUGAAAUGCGUGAAACUUCCAGUCCUCUAGAAACUACCACAAUCACGGUUAAAAUUGCCGACUUGGGCAAUGCUUGUUGGGUAGAUCACCAUUUCACGAACGAUAUCCAGACAAGACAAUACAGAAGUCCUGAGGUCAUUUUGGGUAGUAGAUGGGGUGCCAGUGCCGAUAUCUGGAGUAUGGCUUGCAUGGUAUUUGAACUUUUCACCGGGGAUUACCUAUUUGACCCGCAGGCUGGGUCGCGAUAUAAUAAGGACGAUGAUCACAUAGCUCAAAUUAUGGAGUUAUUAGGAUUAUUUCCUAAACAUUUGGCAUUAGGCGGAAAAUAUUCUGGCGAGAUAUUUAAUCGUAAAGGCGAACUCCGUCACAUCCAUAAACUUCGGCAUUGGAAACUUGCGGAUGUUUUACAAGAAAAAUAUUUGCUUCCACGAAAUGAGGCCGACUUUAUGGCGGAUUUUUUGCUGCCGAUGUUGGAUCUAAAUCCUGAUAAAAGGUCUAUGGCGCGCCAGUCAUUAAAUCACCGAUGGCUCCUACUGGAUGAUGAAAAUGGUGGCAUGGGGAGGACACCUUCGGUAUCGGUUGAUUCACGAGAAACCAAUGGAUCUA